CUCGCAGCGGGGGCCCGCCCGCUGGCUGGUUUCCGGUUCGGUGGGUCCAGGAUGACAGAGCCGGGCGCCUCUCCGGAGGACCCCUGGGUCAAGGCAAGCCCCGUGGGCGCGCACGCCGGCGAGGGGAGGGCGGGCCGGGUUCGUGCACGUAAGGGGUCCGGAAGACGAGGGGCUGCCCUCCUGUCCCCCAAGUCCCCCCUGGUGUCCGGGCCCCGGGGCUGCAGAGAAGACCAGGCGGGCCCGGCCUGUGCGCAGGUGGAGUACGCCUACAGCGAGAACGUGGACUCCGGGCUUUUUGUAGACAACGCCAGCAAGGGCAGUGUAGUGUCCAGAGCUAACAGCAUCGGGUCCACCAGUGCCUCUUCUGUUCCCAACACAGAUGACGAGGACAGCGACUACCAGCAGGAGUCUUACAAGGAGUCCUACAAGGACCGGCGGCGGCGAGCACACACGCAGGCUGAGCAGAAGCGGAGGGACGCCAUCAAGAGAGGCUAUGAUGACCUUCAAACCAUCGUCCCCACCUGCCAGCAGCAGGAUUUCUCCAUCGGCUCCCAGAAGCUCAGCAAAGCCAUCGUUCUGCAGAAGACCAUCGACUACAUCCAGUUUUUGCACAAAGAGAAGAAAAAGCAGGAAGAGGAGGUGUCCACGCUCCGCAAGGACGUCACAGCCCUAAAAAUCAUGAAAGUGAACUAUGAGCAGAUUGUGAAGGCGCACCAGGACAACCCCCAUGAGGGCAAGGACCAGGUCUCAGACCAGGUCAAGUUCAAUGUGUUUCAAGGCAUCAUGGACUCGCUGUUCCAGUCCUUCAAUGCCUCCAUCUCAGUGGCCAGCUUCCAGGAGCUGUCGGCCUGUGUCUUCAGCUGGAUCGAGGAGCACUGCAAGCCGCAGACCCUGCGUGAGAUCGUGAUUGGCGUCCUGCACCAGCUGAAAAACCAGCUGUACUGAUGGUCUUGGGAGCCCCUGGGCCUUCAAGCCUGGACUGUGACACUUCACACGGGUCAGCUGCCUCCUACUUGCUGUCUGGUUUCCCCAGUCCCAUUCCAUCUUCUGUGGGGCUGGGCUGUGUGUUUUGUCAAAGCUCCUGAUUAAUUUAUUAUAGUGACCAUAAAACCUGAACCUACCUGGUCUCCCGUCCCCUACCCCCGUGAAGUCCUUGGUGGGAGGUCUGCUCCAGGCUCCUGGAGGGCACUGGCCUUGGACCUGUGCUUGUGGUUGCACCUGCUGGGUCUUUGAUCUUGGGUGAUGCCUGGCCGUUCUGACAGCUGCUGGGAGCAGUCAGUGGAGACCCUCCCCCAGGCACUGGGGUGAGAGCUGGGGUUCCUGGGCGUCUCCCUUUGCUCCCUGCCCUGCCCUGCCCUGGGUGGGAGAAAUGGCCUGUGUGUGCUGCUACUUCUGCUUUCCUGUCCCCACACUUCAUGCAAAGGCAGAUGUGACACAGCACUAUGUAUCUGAGAUGUUUUAUUUUUCUAAACACCAGUUUUCUUAAAGCUAUCACUUUGGAAAAUUAACUAGAUCUUAAAACUAACCCAAACUUUUUAUUUUUUAAAGGAGGAUGAGGGAGGUUCUUAACUCCAAGAUCUCGUUUACUUUAAAUGUCUGUUUUUAUCUACUCAAGAUGCACAGUAACAGAGAUCUUCCAUCUGCUCGUUCCCUCCCCAAAUGCUGACAAUAGCCAAGACUGGGUCUGGGUGAAGCCAGAAGCCCAGAUCCACCUAGCUCUCCCAUGUGAGUGGCAGAUGAGCCACACUCUGCUGCCUCCAGGAUGAAUUAACAGGAAACUGGAUGGCACUAGAACUGCUGGGACUCAAACCAGCACUCGAACAUGGGAUAUGGGUGUCUGAAGUCACUGUGCCACCUUGCCCACCAUCACAUGCCCCCAGCCUUAUCUAGGACCUGUCUCCCAGGCUUACCUGCAACCCCCAGGACUCUGAUGGGUGAAAGCCCUGGGCUCCCAGAUGCCAUGUGUGUGACAGGCUCCCUUCCCUGCCCUAUCCCCCAGGUUCCCUGCAGAGCCGCCCUCAGGUUUGUUAUCAGGGAGGGCAUGACUAUCCAGAGGCAAUACAAUAUUUUUAUAACAGAUUAUAUUACAAUAAAUACUGCCAAAUGCU